AUGGCCGACUUCCGGGUGAGGAAGAUGCUAGAAGGCUGGGCCAGGGAAUGCCCCAGAGGUGUGGAUUCACGGGAGCCCAUUUCCCCGGCAGUCCUAAAGGGGUUGAAGGGGGCAUGGAAGGAGGUGUGUACGUCGCGGAUGCUUCUGCCCUUGAUGGAAUGGUUAUGGAAAGACGAAUUUUGGUUUCCUCCGGGACUCACCUGGGAGGACAUGAAAGAGACUGAAGAGAUCCGCUACCCUCAGCCCCGUCACCUUCUCCUCAGCAUCCCUUUUGCGCUUCUCCUUAUUGGUCUGCAGUUCAUCUUUGAAAGGACUGUCGCUGUGCCCCUGAGCAGAAAAAUGGGACUGGGGGAGAAAGUGCAAAAGAAAGCAUCUCCAAAUGCUGUGCUGGAAACUUUUUACAGAAGAUACCAAAAGAGACCAAAAGAGAGUGAGCUGAAUGGAUUGGCCAAGCAGUGUGACCUUCAACCCCGGGAAGUGGAGAGAUGGUUUCGAUCCCGUCUCAACCAAGACCAGCCCAGCUUGACACAGAAAUUCUGUGAAGUCAGCUGGAGGAGCACCUUCUAUGUAACUUCCUGCAUCAUGUGCCUGAUUAUCCUGCAUGAUAAAUCCUGGUUCUGGGACCACCGGGAGUGCUGGACUGGGUACCCGCAGCAGCCGCUUGUCCCUUCAAUCGCUGCCUACUAUAUAGUGCAACUUUCCUUCUACUGGUCCCUGGUCAUCAACCUGCCUUUUGAGGUGAACAGGAAGGACUUUAAAGAGCUGAUCAUCCACCAUGCUGCCACCAUCUUUCUCAUCAUCUACUCGUACUGCGCCAACUAUCUCCGCAUCGGCACCCUGGUCAUGAUCAUCCAUGAUGCUUCUGACUGUUUCCUGGAGCUUGCCAAGGUCUUCAACUACCUGAAAUGGCGCUGGACUUGUGACACCCUCUUCGUUGUAUUUGCCAUAAGUUUCCUCUUCACUCGCUUGGUGCUUUUCCCCUUCAAAUUGCUCUACAACACGUACUAUUACUCCAUGGAACACCACAAACCUUUCUUUGGCUACUACUUCAUGAAUGCUCUCUUGAUGGUCCUAUACCUGGUGCAGCUUUUCUGGUGUUACCUGGUCAUCCAAAAGGUGUACAAGGUCCUUGCACACGGCACGAUUGAAAAAGGCACGAGGAGUGACUCGGAAGACAGUGAGGAUGAUGAAAAAGAGACAUCCUAAAUAGAUACCCAAGUUU